AUGGAUAUUUUUUCGAUAGCUUCUAAUUUGCAGCAAAUAGCCAUUGGAGGUGUAAAUUAUGUAAAUAACAAAUUAAGAAAAAAAAACACAAGUAGCGAAUGUAAUUACAUUACAUAUAUAGUUAUAGGAGAAAAUGAAAAACAACCGUACGAUAUUAAUAUGUUUUUUUUGCCAUUUAAAAUAUGCACAAAAAUGAAAUUGAAGGAGUUUAAAGAAUAUUUCCCAUUUAAAGAUAACGUUAUAUUUCGAUUUAAAAUACACUUGUCAGAUUUAAUUGAUGUUAUCAAUGAGGGAAUAAUAAAUAAUACACCAUUGAUGAAAGAAGAUACUAACAAACGAAACGAAAUCAAACAUAUAAUUUCAGACGAAAAUGAAAUUAAAAAUAUAUUAAGACAAGAUAAUUUAAAUCAUUUAUGGGUAGAUAUAACCAAUGAAGAUUCAUAUGUUCCCUUCUAUAAUGGUCAAAUUAUUGUAAAAGUAUUAUUCAUGAAUACUGAAAAUUAUAAAGAAUAUGAUAAUAUUUAUUUUAAAAACAUUAACCCUUCUGAAUACUGUCGCCCCAUUUAUAAUUUAAAUGUUAAAAACUUAUGUUCGUAUACAGAAAUAAUAGAAGAAGAAAAAGUAAAAAGUAAUAAUAUAGACAACGCUGAAGUAGGAAGAGAUGAAAAUUUCGAGGAAAACAUAAAAUCCUUAUCGCCCCACGAAGAUAGAGAAAAUCUUGGACAUUCAGAUCAGAGGAAGAACACCCAGAAUGUCGUUGGCAAUGGUAGUGGCAAUAGCAACAUUGGAAACACUGAUGAGUUUGCUGGUAGAUCUGGAAAUUAUCACAAUAAUCCCUACUGUGUAAAUGGUCUUCCUAUUGAAAGGACAUACAAAAAAGGACACAUACCCGAAAGGGCCAAUCAGCAACCGAAUCAGUACGAAAAGAAUAUAAAUAAUGAAUGCAAAGAGUACAACUUUUUUCAAAAUGAAAAUAUAAAAAAUGGCAAAGAUAAGCAGAAAUCAUGUGAACAUAUUUUAGAAAAAAACAGCUACUACAAUACAUCCACGAAACUGUUACUGACUAGCCGAAAUAAUGCACUGGGGCAGUAUGAAGACACAUCCAAAGGGAACACGAACCAAGACAAGGAUGGAAACUUGGACAAGGGUGGAACAAGUGAUGUGAACGAAAAAAGUGAUAAUAAUAAAAACAGUGACAAUAAAAAUAAAUACAAACAGGAAAGACAAGAUGCUAUUAAGAUGAACGUCAGUAACCGUUUACAGGAGUUAAAAGAAUAUCGAAACAAAGAAGAAGAAAAAUUUAAAGAAAAAGUGGUUAUACGUGAGCAAAUUAAAAAACAAAUUGAUAAAUGGUCGAAAAUUUCAGAUGAUACAUAUAAAGAUAUAAAGGUAAUGCUAAGUACCUUAAAUGACGUCCUAUGGGAAAAUUCAGAAUGGAAACAAGUCCCCAUGUCUGAUUUAAUAUCCAAUUCUGUUACGGUUAAAAAAGCGUAUAAAAACGCUAUACUCCUGUGUCACCCCGACAAGCACCGAAAUAAACCAGUGGAACGUGUGUUAAGAGCAGAAAUGAUUUUCCAAGCGUUAAACAAUGCCUACAAGGAGAAAAAAAUAAUGUAA